AUGGGCUCCCGAUAUCCUGCGUCGCAAGAAGGAGGAAGGGGUGCUGGCCAUUAUGGCGGUGCGGACGGUGAAAAUGGUGCCGGACGUUACGGCGGCGGCCCUCGCAAUACACCUGGCCACGACGACUAUUCAAGGGGCUAUGCCAGUAACUACGGAAGGCAGAGUGAUUAUGGUUAUGAUAACACUUCGUAUCAACGCAGUGAGGCUCCUCGCCAAGACGGCUACAACAACAGCUAUGCUAAUCCUCGUGCUGGCGCUGGACAACACCAGAGCGCAAGCUACGAUCAGCGCCAGCAGCAUCACGACCGCUCACCUGUCACUGGUGCUCGGGCUCCGCAAGCUACUGCGCGUGAUGAUGGAUUGCGCGGUCAAAAUGUUUGCUCGGUGUUGCCGAAUACGUAUACGCGUUCGCCCUACGACGGAGGUUCCACGAGGAACGAGCACUCGAGCACUGCUGUCAAUCAACGCAGCCAAGAAAGUUACUACUCCGGUGGAGGCCCGCCAAACCGCCCGCCAAAUGAUGUUCGCCAAGAAUACAAGAGCAGCUACGAUAGCCGCCCGCCCCCUUCUGAGACGUCCCGUGGAAAUCCAUACGGCCAGCCGGCCGCCAGACCGGUGCCGGGAGGCGGUGGCGGCUUCCACCGUGGAAACGAUCGUAUCGAUUACGGCAGCGAAGAUUAUGAUGCUGGUGUCCGCAAUCGCAAUGGCGCCAAUGGUUUCGACGAAGACGCGGGCCGCCGAAGGGAUAAUCAUGCCACUAGCGGUUUCGCCCGUACCAAGGUUGCGCCUGUCGACAAUCGCGUAGAGGAUCGUCAGGGUGGCGGAUACAACCAAGACUUCCAAGGCUUUCGGGCGCAGGGCCCAACCUCGGUCGGCUCUGUUUUUAGCAGUGUUCGGCAGUACGGCGAGUCUGCACGUGAAGAACGUGGCCCCGGUGGUUUUCGUGCUUCCGAUCGUGCUACUUCUAAUGCACCUCGCAGCGGAUUCGUGCGUCCAGACGUCGGACUCACUUCCUCGCGCCCCAGCAACGGUGGCAUCUUUGGCUCUGGAGGAAACGGUGUCCAAUCGAUGGGCUUUGGUUCUGGCCACAGGGAGGACCGCGGCGGAUUUGAUGCGGAUGUGGAGCGUGCACCCCGUGGUUGGCAGCCGGAUGAAGUCAAAGUCGAGGAGCUUUACGCUAUUGAUCAGCAGAAUCGCUCGGAUACGGUGUACGAUGAGGAUAGCGAGAUUAAGCUAGCUGGGCAUUACGUCGACGACAAGAUUCCUUCUUGGCAACAGGCGCCGCUUGACAAGCGCCUCAUCGAGAUCUGCACCACCAAAUGUCAGUAUCCGAACCUCCGGAACAUGCAGGCCUAUUGCAUCCCUCAGAUUCUCAACGACUUUGACGUCAUUGGAAACGCUGAGACGGGUUCUGGUAAAACACUUGCCUUCAUGCUGCCGAUUUUGCAGAAGAUCAUCUACUGGAAGGGGAAGGACCAAGAGGACAACAUACGGAAGCGCGCAGAUAGUCCUUACGCUCUGAUCAUCGCACCGACGCGUGAGCUCGUGGAGCAAAUUUAUCUGCAAUUCACCAAGUUUUCUGCAGAAGUUUCCGUGAAGGUCUUGCGAAGUUAUGGACAAAUGGCCCGCAAUCAAAUUGCUCACGAUAUUGCGUCCGGCGUGGAUGUGAUGAUCGGAUGUAUUGGACGGCUGAAGGAUUUGGCCUCCAAGAAUGAGCUGACAUUCGGCAGUACCAGGAUGUUUGUGUUGGACGAGUUCGAUCGCCUAAUCAAUCCUGGGGAGGUCCGGGACAUCUUCGACAUCGUAAACGUGCUCCCCGCGCCUGAGCAACGGCAAACGAUUCUGAUGUCCGCUACCACCUCUCCUGCUAUUGAAUCGCAAUUGAAGGAGCUCGUCCGCCCGCAUAAGUUGUGCCGUUUAACUGCCUCGGCUCCUAACAAAAAGAUCGAACAUCGCUUUGUGAAGGCGUCCGGCGUUUAUGACAAGAAUGCAGCUCUGUUUAAAAUUGUCGAUGAAGAGUUUGCCAAAGGUGGGCAACCGCGUAUUCUGAUCUUCGUCAACCGCAAGGAUCGGGCCAACCGGCUUGCCAUUGAUAUCACCAAGAGACUGUACGAGGAACACCAAGUGAAAGCUGCUUCCAUUUGCGGUGACAACGCACAAGACGCUCGUCACCGGAUCAUCACUGACAUACAGAAGGGAGUCACCCGUGUACUCGUUGGCACUGAUCUUUGUGAACGUGGUCUGGACAUCCAGCAACUGGACGUCGUUAUCAAUUACGACAUGCCAUCUGAGGUGGCACGUUACACUCAUCGUACCGGUCGCACCGGCCGGAUGAGGCACGGGACAGCCUAUUCGAUCAUUGAUGAAGUCGACACCGACGCGAACCGUGAAUUGCAGGAGAUUGUCUUGCUGGUGCAAAGUGUUGGACAAGAAGUUCCCGAGUGGCUGCAGGAGAUUGCCAAGAACAGUGGCUACGUCGGAGGCGGCUACAACCGUGGUGGGCGUGGCGGCGGAUUUGGAGGCCGCGGUGACGAUCGCCAAAGAUUCGGAAUGCGUCAAAGCGAAGGAACUUCAUUCACACAGCGUGGCAGCGGCGGCGGCGGCUUCGGAGGCAGCAGUGGCGGCGGCGGUUUUGGACGCCCGGCGGCAGAUGCUCCGAAAUUCGGCAGUGGCGCUGCCCGCACAGGAUUCGGCGGCUCGAAACCCGCCUCAAACUCAGACGGCACGAACGACAACCGACCGGUCGGUCAAUCGGGACGCAUUCGCCCUCUGACUCCUGGCGAUGACAUCCACGAUUCCGACGACAACCAGGGCUCUGGAUUCAAGUCCCGCCAGGGAGGCCGAGACAGUGCUCUCAACAACGGCAAUGCUGAUGAAGAGGACGCUGGUGGAAGUGACCAGGACGACAUCGGCGCCAUCGACAUUACUCCUGACGGGUCGGUCAGCAGGAUUCACAACCGUCCGGCCGGUUUCGCUUUGGCGGCGUUGAAGCUGCAGGAGGCUGCUGAGGUCCGAAAGUGGCAAUUCAAGUAUCAAGAUUUCCAGGGACGGAGGCGCCCG